ACCAGCUGGCUGGGUCCGGGCUUGGGGAGUGCAACGCUGGUGAGGGACUCAGCCUGGGCGUGCCUAGCUGUGGGGAUGAGGCUAGGCAUCCAUCCUCUUGGCAGUUAAGUGGCUGGUCCUGAUCUGAGGGAUCUGCAAAUUUGGCUCAUGGGAAGAGGUCGCUGAAUUCUGCGUCUCCCAUUAAACGGAUACUGGCGUUGCUGAUACGAGUCUUCUGUGCUGCACCAUCUACAUAAUGAAUCCCAGUAUGAAGCAGAAACAAGAAGAAAUCAAAGAGAAUGUAAAGAAUAGUUCUAUCCAAAGAAGAACUCUGAAGAUGAUUCAGCCUUCUGCAUCUGGAUCUCUUGUUGGAAGAGAAAAUGAGCUGUCCACAGGCUUAUCCAAAAGGAAACAUCGGAAUGACCAGUUAACAUCUACAACUUCCAGCCCUGGGGUUAUUGUCCCAGAAUCUAGUGAAAAUAAAAAUCUUGGAGGAGUCACCCAGGAGUCAUUUGAUCUUAUGAUUAAAGAAAAUCCAUCCUCUCAAUAUUGGAAAGAAGUGGCAGAAAAACGGAGGAAGGCGCUGUAUGAAGCACUUAAGGAAAAUGAGAAACUUCAUAAAGAAAUCGAACAAAAGGACAACGAAAUUGCCCGCCUGGAAAAGGAGAACAAAGAAUUGGCAGAAGUAGCAGAACAUGUACAGUAUAUGGCAGAGCUAAUAGAGAGACUGAAUGGUGAACCUCUGGAUAAAUUUGAAUCACUGGAUAAUCAGGAAUUUGAUUCUGAAGAAGAUACUGUUGAGGAUUCUGUAGGGGAAGACUCAGAAAUUGGCACAUGUGCUGAAGGAAUUGUAUCUUCCUCUACGGAUGCAAAGCCAUGUCUAUGAAAUGCAUUAAUAUUUGACUGUUGAGAAUUUUACUGCCGAAGUUUACCUCCACUAGUUCUUUGUAGCAGAGUACGUAACUACAUAAUGCCAAUUCUGGAAUCAAGCUUCCUUGUUUGAAUCCUGGGACCCUAUUGUAUUAAAGUACAAAUACUAUGUAUUUUUAAACUAUGAUGGUUUAUGUAAAUAGGAUUUUCUCAGUUGUCAGCCAUGACUUAUGUAUAUUACUAAAUAAACUUCAAACUCCUGUUGAACAUUGUGUAUAACUUAGAAUAAUGAAGUAUAA